CAUGUCGAAGAUCGCCAGCUUGUCACCCGCGUUCAAGAGGCUAUGGCGUCGAUUGCCGCAGCUAAGGAAGCUGAUUUGAAUGCAAUGAGAUUGAGGGAGAAGGAACUGGCUGCUGUGAAGAUCAACGCUGCUGAGAUCGACAUAAUUGCAAAUGAGCUAGAGCUGGAUAAGAAGGUGGCUGAAAGGACUUUACGUGAACACAAAGGUGACGCUGUUGCUGCCAUCAGAUACUUGCUUCGCUAGGUGACCUUAACUAGGUAUUGAUUUCUGUAACCAAAGGGAAACAAAUGUUGUCUUUCAUUUGCAUUUUUCAUGGAGAGGUGACUAUUGAUCAUGUCUAUGCCAAUACCCUGCUGCAGCAGCAAUACUUUUUAUCGAGUUGAAACAUUAUGUUUUGUGAUUUGUAUCUUAGUACAUGACUCUUAGUCUCUUACUAUGGAAAUUCUCCUAUUUGUGAUACGCAAUUUAUGUUCACUAUAGCUAUCAUUAAGGUGGUAUACAAAUGUGCAUGAACAGAUUGUGUUUGUUCUUGUGGUAUUUUUCCCUUCA